AUGACAACUUUUUUAGUUGCGUUUUCCAGCGUUGCAUUAAGUUCAGCUUUACCUUGUCCUAGCCAUGCGUUAGACUCCGAUUCCCCAGUUGUUGAGCAGCAAGAUCCUCAACUGCAAAACAAAAAGAACGAGAAACUUUCAAAGCAAUAG